AUGGUGCUGGAAUUACACACAUGGGGCCCAGCUUUCGACUUGCCCUCUAUUGACCCUCAAUGCCUAGCCACCAUCUUCUAUCUACAAAAAUGCCUGCCCAUUGACGCCUGGUCACUGAUUCCUUCGAGCGAUCCUACGAUCAAUUCAUUCAGGGAACUUCCAGCCCUUCGCGAUGGCCAUGUCUGGGUAUCUGGCUUUGGCGGGAUAGUCACGUAUUUACGGGACAUCUCCCAUGGCGACUGGGACUUAGACAAAGCUUUGGAUGAGCACCAACGAGCCGAUUGCGCCGCUUCUACAUCUUUUCUCGAAUCGCGUGGCCACCCACUACUGGACUUGAGCCUCUAUGUGAGCAGCGACAAUUAUCUACACAGCACCAGGCAAGCUCUUGGUCAUAUCUUGACAUGGCCGAAUAACUGGAUACUACCUCACCAACUAAGGGCAAAAGCAAAGAAGAGAUCAGAACACCUUGGGAUGAGCAGCUUGGACGUGGAUACGGCGCAAGAGGAUGAAGGUGAAGAUGCGCGUUUGACCGCACACAUUCCUAAAUCCUUGAGGAAACCCAGGCAGACGGUGAGCAGCUUGCUGGGGCGGAGUACGCAGAAAAACCGAUUUCGACUGGACGCGGUCACUGCAGAUUUCUUCGACCCGCUGAUGGAAAUUUUGGGGAAUAAAGUCUGGUUGAUUGGCGAGCAAGAGUGCAGUGCGGAUUGUCUGGCGAUUGGGUAUCUGGCUCUGAUGCAAAUUCCUCAAUUGCCGCAUGAUUGGCUGAAGAAAGCACUCCAAACCAAAUAUUCGAGAUUAGGGCAGUGGUCACAGCGUCAAAUUACGCUAUCCUUUGGGUCACCAGUCGAUAUGGCUGUGGUUCAGGGCCGCAGGGCCGGUCUCGCCUCGGCAAAUGCGAUAUUACCAUGGCAGACUCCCGGUGAAAGGCGUGCACCGCAGAUCUUACGUUCGGUUCUAGAAGCAGUUGUGAGUUCCAUCCCAGUAAUAGGAUCUGGGUAUGUAAUCUCGGAAAUCGGCAACGAGCAAGCAGGGGGCCCCGAUCGAUACCGGCAGAAGCAAUUAACGUUGAACCAUCUGCAACGUCGACGAGACAUAUACGUUCAGAUUUGGACAUCAGCCUGUGUUGUGACGGGUCUUCUGGGAUGGAUGUUAUACAAGGGUAUGUUACAGCUUCCUCAUCGAGCACCGGCACCAAAGAGACGCAGUUUUGGCGAAGCAGGAGCUUUUCUUGGAUUGGUGUGA